UAAUAAAACAUGCAGGGAACAGGUCUCGAACCCUCGACCUUCUAGCCCGUGGUCCGGCGCGCUAUCGACUGUGCCGCAAAAGCAUGCUCGAUCUACUUCACGGCGCCUGAAUAUGACGGCAUAAACCCUUGCCAUGGACAUGCUCGUACUGUCUGUGCCGGGAACUGAAUGCAGCCACUCCAACCAGAAUUAAAUAGAUGACCUCUGAUGAGAAAUGGAUGGUGAUGGUGAUGUGGACCCAGGCAGGGACGAUUUGCCCCUCAGAGCCAACACCAACCACAUCCUGGUCAGACACUAUGUCUUGGACCUGGACAUAAACCUCCAAACUAAGGUUAUCACUGGUACUGUGGUGCUCUUCCUGGAGCCAGGCCCACUGGCUGGAGAUGGGAAUGGGGCUGGGGAAGGCGCCCCAACCCCACCCCAACCAUCCCAGACUGAUGACUCCUGGGAGGAUGAGAGCCACAGAGACUUUACCUUAGUUCUGGACUGCUGUGACCUCACUGUGUCAAAAGUAGAGGAGUUGGACGUGACCUCUGUGUCAGAUAUGCAGGGUCUCCUGAAGGAGGUCAAGGGUGAGGGGUCAGGAGUUGGCCCACAACCAGACAGCCAAUCAGCUGUGCUCAUUCAGAGGCUGAUCUCCCUACCGUCCACCCAAUGGAAAAAGCAACACCACCUGUACUUCCAGUGCAGUCAUGCCCCUGCUUUUGAGGGUGGGGGACCCCUCAUCUUCAACACGGACCGCUGGAGCCUGCAGGUGAGGAAGAGGGGGGUUCGGACCAUCCAGGAGUUCCCCCGAGCCCUGAGGGUCUGCUACAAGACCAAGCCGGAGGGAGGCUCUGUCAGGUGGACUAAAGAUCAGGACAACAGGUCAUGUGUUUACACCGCCGGCUCCCCCAUCAACAACCGUGCCCUCUUCCCCUGUCAGGAGCCUCCUGUCGCCAUGUCGACGUGGCAGGCCCAGGUACGAGCCCCUAGGGAGUGUGUGGUUCUAUUGAGUGGAGAGAACCAGGCCCAGCCCACGCACCUGCACCACACAGGUCUCUCUAGCUGGGACUACUAUGUCACUAUGCCUAUGCCUGCCUCCACUUUUACCUUGGCAGUGGGUUACUGGCACCAGGCCACAGCACAACUUUCCACAGCACAGCUUACCCCUCCUGUGCAGGGUACAAGGACUGGGGCCUCCCAUACGCAUGCUGGCAGCUUGGACAUGAAUCCAUUCACCAACAUGGACCAUCCCAUCAUCACCAGCCCACAGUCUACAUUAGUCUACUCAGGCCUGAAGGAUGAGAAGCACUCUGAGAGCGAAUGCUCAGGUCUGGGCGAUGACAACUUCACCUGUUGCCAUGCUGAUUACCCCUGUCCAUUCACCGACCCAUCCGCCUGGAGCCAAGAGGUGGUCCCUCACCGGAUGUUUGCCCCGCCCUCUCUGCUGCAAAAGGCCCAGGUCCAGGUCCUCCCCCUUCUGCCUGGCUGCCUGGCUGCAGCCCACGCUACCCUGGGGGUCCAUCCCUUCCCCCGCCUCGAUGUACUCAUCGUCCCAGCAAGCUUCUCUAGUCUGGGCAUGGCCAGGAAUCUUCUAGCUUGGAUUGAGGAAAGAAUGAAAGGGAAGAAGUGCAGAAGUUAUCCAACUGACUGACUAAGAAAUGUAAAUAGCUUAGGUUUUGCUGUCUCUCUCUCUCUCUCUCCUGUCUGCCAGAUUGCUGAGGGGUAACGUAGUCAAUGUACUUGCUAAGCCUAACUUAGUGAAGACCUUACGCAAUGGCUAAUCAUGAUUCGUCUCUGUCUUUACAGUUCCUGAAACAUGUCAAUGACCUGAGGCAUAGCUUCUGUUACACAAUGGCCGCCUACUCAGUUACCAUUGACCUAUUCGGCCACAUCCCAGGAAAAGGGGAGAGCAGCACCACCACUCCUUAAAUCCACAUGUUGUGACUAGGGGGCAGUAUUUUCAUUUUUGAAAGAUAAAAAACGUUCCCGUAGUAAACGGGAUAUUUUGUCAGGACAAGAUACUAGAAUAUGCAUAUAAUUGACAGCUUAGGAU